AUGAGCAAAGACAAUCAUUCAUCGAGGGAUUCGGCUCGAGAAACCCACACACCUAGUCAAGCAACAGCUCCUGGAAGUUCUCAUCGACCCCGUGGUAAAAUCGGUCGGUUUCUGAAGAAGCUCAAGGAGGAUGCGAAAAAGUUACAGAGGCGCUCGAAGGAUUCCCGCAGCCAUAGUCCUGCUCCCCCGAAUGUCAGUCAUGAUGAACCUGCUUCAUCCACCCUGAAUAUCGAGGCUCAGGCUGGUCCGUCCGGUGUAAAAGUGGAGGAUGACGUCCAAUUAGUACUUCGGGAUGCACAAGUUGCUACAGAGCAUAUGCAUUCACCUUCAGGACAUGUGAUAACUGUGGCGUCUGCUGGCAAGGAUGCACAAGAGGAUCUCGAUACCGCAGGCAAGUUCGGGGACACAUAUCUCAAACCCCUCAAGAUAUUCGACGCUGUUAUCGGAGAAAUCACGGAUUUACAUCCAUAUGCAAAGAUGGCGCUGGGCGUGUUGUCUUGUGCAGCUAAAAUUAUUCUAGCUCAAGCAGACCGCGACGCAGCGGUACUCAAACUUCUCGAGAAGUUGUGUCAAGUUUACAGCUUUAUAACACAAGAUCAGAUGCCUGGCCAAAUCUCGUCGAUGCGCAUUAUCCUCGGACAGAUCUCUCAGCAGACCCUCGAAUGCGCUCAAUUUAUCAAAAAUUAUUCGGAGACCAAGAGCUUUUGGAAGAGACUCGGAAAGAACGUCAUGUCAGAAACAAAAGAUACGAUCCAACAGUACAGUGACGUGUUGGAUACUCUCAUGCAAAACUUCCGGGACCAAGUCGCUCACGACGUAGCCAUACACAUCCACCGUACAGGUAAGGGUUCGAACGUGUUGGUGAUUUAA